UCUGCGUUAUACAGCUAGAGGCUGCGUGGAUGCACGAUUGGCGCUAAUAACCCGAAACCUCGCUCCGCCUGUACCACUUAAUUUUGUCUCCAAUUUAUUUUAGAGUUUCAACUAAACUUCGCGAAAUAUUAGUCCAUCCAGAAAUUAAGUUCUUCAUUUAUUUAUCUAAACAACAUUAUUUUGUAUUUGCAUUUUUUUGUUUGAAAUGGCAGUUUUGUUAUAACAAGAAAGUUUCACGCAGAGAUGCAUUCUGCUGCUCCGGGAAAGUUUGAAGAAUCACUUUGACAAUCAGAGGGAUUGUAUUGCGGCGCUCGCAACUUGAAUGAUGCACGGAAUUAUUCAUUUGCUGAUUUUUGCAGCGUGAACAAUUUAAAUCAAGAAGAAGAAAGAAAAUAGAAGAAAUAAUUUCCCCUAAACUAAAAAGGAUUAUUUCUUUUAACAAUCAGAAUUAUGCCGGGAUUCAUACUUAAAGUCGCUGGAUCAUGAAUAUUGCUGCAAACGUUUGUUAAAGGAAUCAAAGUUUAAUGCAUAAGAGACAAGCAGAUUGUCAUACAAAGCUGGACUGGGAUUUUGACCAUGGCGCUUUCAGGUAGGGCUUUGAAUCGAUUUUAUUUAAUUCUGCUGAUGCUGUGGACUUUAUGGGAGCGAUCUUCAUCCAGCCAAGUUCGUCAGGAGUUUCAGGUGCUGGAAGAGCAGCCCGUGGGCACCUACGUGGGCACGAUAGAAACAAAGCCGAGCUUCACCUACCGAUUCAGCGAAAAUCACAAACUUUUUGCGAUCAACGGCACUACUGGCAUCAUUUAUACAACGUCAGUGAUUGACAGAGAAGUUUUGCAGAGUAAUAUAAUUAAUGUUGUGGUGCUCUCCAGUCAACCGACAUAUCCAACAGAAGUCAGGAUUGUAGUUAUGGAUAUAAAUGACAACUUGCCCGUUUUUCCAGACGCAUCUAUAGUGGUGUCAUUUAAGGAGGAUGCUAGCAGCGGCAGACAAGUGAUUUUAGAUACAGCAACCGAUUCCGACAUUGGGAGUAACGGAGUUGAUCAUACUACUUACAAAAUUGUGAAUGGUAAUGAUCAGGGGAAGUUUCGUUUGGAUAUUACAGUCAAUCCGAGUGGAGAAGGAGCGUUCCUGCACUUGGUUUCAACGGGCGGUUUAGACAGGGAGCUGACUCCUUUUUAUCAGCUCCUAAUUGAGGUGGAAGACAAAGGGGACCCCAAAAGGUUUGGCUACCUUCAAGUGAAUGUGACAAUUCAAGAUAUAAAUGACAACCCACCUAUAUUUGACGAGGACCACUACCAAGCCACUGUUUUUGAAGAUGCAGAAGUUGGUUCUAGUGUAUUACAAAUAACAGCAAAAGACCAGGAUGAGGGAACCAAUGCGGAUAUCAGGUACUUUUUAGAUGAGGGAACCCCUUUCCAAAUUGACCCUGAAGCAGGUACAAUUAUUAUCAAAGAAACUUUAGAUUUUGAGACCAAGAAGGAGUAUUCAUUAACUAUUCAUGCUGUGGAUGGUGGGGUCCCUUCUCUCUCUGGUAGGUCAGAGGCAACCAUAAAACUUUUGGAUGUUAAUGACAAUGACCCUGUGGUGAAGUUCAGAUAUUUCCCAACAAGCUCCAAAUUUGCCUCUGUUGAUGAAAAUGCUCCAAUUGGGACAGUCGUAGCUUUACUGACAGUCUCAGAUUCAGAUUCCCCGUUAGCUAAUGGCAACAUAUCGGUCUCAAUUUUAGGGGGGAAUGAGCAAAGACAUUUUGAAGUUCAUACGUCUCCAGUCCCAAAUCUUAGUUUGAUUAAAGUGGCCAGCGUUUUAGACAGAGAACGAAUUUCUUCCUAUAACCUGACUGUUUCCGUGUCUGACAACGGAAAGCCUAUGGCAAGGUCUUCUUUUGCUAGUUUGGUCAUUUUUGUGAAUGAUAUCAAUGACCACCCGCCCAUAUUCCAGGAAGCUCUGUACAGGGUUGACAUCAGUGAGGACGUUCCAAAAGGCAGCUACAUUAAAGGGGUCUCAGCAACAGAUGGUGACUCUGGGCAGAAUGCCAACCUGCGCUACUCUCUAGUGUCUGGAAACAGUCUGGGCUGGUUUGCCAUCAGUGAGAACAGCGGUCUGGUCACUAGCGCCGCUCUACUGGACAGGGAGGUUGCGUCAGAGAUUGUGCUGAAUAUCAGUGCCAAAGACCAAGGAGUACAGCCCAGAAUCUCCUAUACAACGCUGAUUGUGAACAUAACGGAUGUCAAUGAUCAAGUCCCCACGUUCGCUCAGAGCACCUAUCAUGUUUCUGUGGUGGAGCAUUGCCCAGCUGGCACCGACCUCAUGGCACUGUCAGCUACUGACAACGACCUGGGAGCCAAUGGGACUGUGAGGUUCUCCUUUGACCCUGAGACCCCGCCCAGUGUGCUGGAUUUGUUCCGCCUUGAUACCGUCUCUGGCAGGCUGAGUACUGCCGCUGAACUGGACAGAGAAGUACAAGAAACAUAUCUGCUCCACAUCCACGCGACGGAUUCUGGCUCGCCGCCACUUAAUUCUGUUGGCAAAGUGAACAUAACGCUGAAAGAUAUUAACGACAACCGGCCUGUUUUCUACCCCCUGCAGUACUUUGCCAACAUUAAAGAAAACGAACCUCCUGGCUCUUAUGUCACUACUGUGUCGGCCACGGACCCUGAUUUGGGUAGGAAUGGCACCGUAAAGUACAUGAUCACAGCCGGGGACAAUUUUAGGUUUCAUGUUAGCAGUAGCACGGGUAAGAUCACAACGUUGGUUUCGCUAGACAGGGAGGAAAAGACAGCUUACCAGUUGCAGGUGACUGCAAGUGAUGGUGGCAACCUUCGCUCUCGUACCCCGGCCAUUGUCACCAUAACAGUGAUAGACACCCAGGACAACCCCCCUUCCUUCAGCCAGAGUGUCUACAGUUUUGUGAUAUUUGAAAAUGUAGCUGUAGACACGGUAAUCGGUACCGUGUCUGCAUCCACAGUUGAUCUGAAUACCAAUAUCACCUACUUAAUUUCCUCUGGGGAUCAGCGGGGCCUGUUCAGUAUCAAUAGUGUUACUGGUCAGAUCACCGCCUCCAGUCUGAUAGACAGGGAGGAGCAAUCAUUUUACCAACUUAAAGUUAUAGCGAAAGGUGGGGAGGUAACAGGCCAGGCUCUUGUUAACAUAACAGUUAAGGAUUUAAAUGACAACGCCCCGCAUUUUGCCCACGUUGUUGAACAUGUCAGCACUGUGGAAAAUUGGGGCACUGGGCAUCACAUAUUCCAGGCAAAGGCUGUGGACCCGGAUGAGGGCUCCAAUGGUAUGGUGAUGUAUAGCCUCCGGCAGAACCCAAAAGGCCUUUUCCACAUACACGAGAAGCGUGGUCUCAUCACCUUAACGGGGCCUAUGGAAGUAUCCACAAGUUCAUAUCAGGUGGAGGUGUUGGCAUCUGACAUGGGGGUUCCUCAGCGUACCUCUACCCUGAUUGUGACAGUCAGUGUGUACGAUGUCAAUGACAAUGCCCCAGUGUUCCAUCAGCUUUCUUAUGAGGUCACUAUUCUUGAAUCAGAACCUGUGAAUAGUAGAUUCUUUCAAGUGGACGCCACUGACAAAGACUCUGGUCUGAAUGGGGAGAUCGUGUACGACAUAAUUGGUGGAAAUGAUGGGGAUGUUUUUGGCAUUUUUCCCGAUGGGCAGUUGUAUAUCAAGGAUAAGUUAGACAGAGAGGUGCAAGACAGGUAUGACCUGCUGGUAGUGGCUGCAGACAGGGCAGUGGAGCCACUUACUGCCACUGUCAAUGUCACGGUCAUCUUGGAUGAUGUGAAUGAUAACCGGCCAUUGUUUAACAGUACAAAUUAUGUGUUCUAUUUUGAAGAGGAGCAGAAAAGGGGGUCCGUAGUGGGGAGGGUCUUUGCAGAGGACAAAGAUUAUGGGCCAAAUAGUGAGGUCAGAUAUUCCUUUGAGACACCGCAGCCAAACUUCGAACUGAACGCCAUUACCGGGGAGCUGACCAGCACGCUGCAGCUGGACCGAGAAUCGCUGAUGAGGCAGAGAGGAGCUGCUGUGUUCAGUUUCACUGUCGUUUCCUCAGAUCAAGGAUUGCCCAAGGCAUUGAAAGACCAGGCCAAAGUACAAGUUUAUAUCGGAGACAUCAAUGACAACCCACCCAAAUUCACUAAAGACAUUUACCUUGCAUCUAUUUCUGAGUCUGCUCAAAACAUGACACAGCUUCUGAGGGUGUCUGCCUCAGAUGUUGAUGAGAAUGACAAUGGACUAGUCCGCUACUAUAUUAAGGAAGGAAAUGAGGAGAAACAGUUCAUGAUCGACAACAACAAUGGCCAGAUCACUCUAGUGGGAAAACUUGACUAUGAAGCUACGUCAUCCUAUUCCCUCAAAAUCAUAGCAGUCGAUUCGGGACUUGUGCCACUUUCUUCCUCAUGCAUGUUAAGUAUCAGCAUUAUGGAUGAGAAUGACAACUCCCCUUCUUUCCCUAAAGCUGCUCUGAGUGUCGAUGUUUUGGAGAAUAUGAGGGUUGGAGAGCUGGUGGUAUCUGUGACUGCCACCGACUCAGACGCAGGGGACAAUGCUGAGGUGACUUACAGCAUUGCUGCGACAAACAACCACGGCACCUUCAGCAUCAGCCCGUUCACUGGGAGUAUCUUUCUUGUGAAGAAGCUGGAUUUUGAAACUCAGUCCCUAUAUAAAUUAAACGUUACUGCAAAGGACAAUGGGAGACCCCCAAGAUUCUCAUCGAUUCCAGUGACUAUUCAUGUCAGAGACUUUAAUGAUAAUCCUCCAAGUUUUGCCCCUGGAGAUAUUUUUAAGUCUAUUCCUGAGAACCUUCCAGUCACUACCUCGAUAAUGACCAUAAUUGCGCAUGACACAGAUGCAGACAUCAAUGGACAACUGGAGUAUUCUAUCAUUAAACAGACACCAAGAGGAAACCACUUCAUCAUUGAUUCUGUCACAGGGGUGAUAUACACAAAUAAGGAUAUUGAUAGGGAAUUCUCCAAUCUCUUUGAACUUACAGUGAAAGCAACAGACCAGGCAGUUCCAGUGGAAUUCAGGCGCUUUGCCCUAAAAAACGUUACAGUUUGGGUAACUGAUCAAAAUGACAACGUCCCAAUUUUUAUCUCCCAAAAUGCACUGGUGGCUGAGUCCACAAUUGUGAUUGGCUCAAUCCUUACCACUGUGGUGGCCUUUGACCCAGAUGAAGGGCCAAAUGGAGAGGUUGAGUAUGAGUUGGUGACUGGGGACUCAGACACGUUCAUAAUGGACCGAUACAGCGGGGACAUCCGGGUCGCCUCCCCUUUGGUACCAUCGAGGCUUAUCUACAGCCUAACCGUGUCAGCCACAGACCACGGGACGGAAAGGAAGUCUACCAGGUCUGAGCUGACCAUCAUUCUGCAGGGCGCAGAUGGCCCUGUCUUCUCGCAGCCCAAGUACAUCACCAUCCUGAAGGAGGGUCAGCCGCCUGGCACCAGUGUCAUCUCUCUCGAUGCCUCCAGUCCCCGAGGCUCCAGCACCAAGGUGGAAUUUUACAUUGUGUCCGUGCGCAGCGACGGCAGAUCCGUGGGUCGCCUCUUCACCAUCGGACGGCACACAGGAGUCAUCCAGACUGCUGCUGAGCUGGACCGGGAGCAGGGCUCGGACCUCUACCUGGUGGAUGUUUAUGCUAUUGAGGCCGAUUCCAGUCUCCCCAGAACACAGAGAGCUGAGGUGGAGAUAACGCUGCAGGACAUCAACGACAACCCACCGAUUUUCCCCAGUGACAUGCUCGAUGUGACCAUCGCAGAGAACAUCGGUGACGGGUCCAAGAUCGUGCAGCUGACUGCCACGGAUGCUGAUGAGGGACCAAACGCUUUGGUGACAUACACGAUAAUCAGCGGCGCUGACGACAGUUUCCGCAUCGACCCCGAGUCUGGGGACCUGAUUGCCACCAAGAGGCUGGACCGGGAGCGGCGGUCAAAGUAUUCGCUGCUGGUGCGGGCGGACGACGGCAAGCAGUCGUCGGACAUGCAAGUCAACAUCACCGUCAGCGACAUCAAUGACCACACGCCCAAAUUCUCGCGAGCUGUGUACUCUUUCGACCUCCCGGAAGAUAUGGCGCCAGGAUCUAUUGUGGCAGCCAUCUUAGCCAGUGACGCAGAUUCGGGGACCAACGGAGAGAUCACGUACUCCCUCGAGGAGGAGGAUGAGGACAGGGUGUUCCUCCUGAACCCGGUGACGGGUGUCUUCAACGUGACUCAGCAGCUGGACCACGAGGCCGAGCAGUACUACAUCCUCACGGUGCGUGCAGAAGAUGGCGGCGGCCAAGCCAGCUCCGUCCGGGUCUACUUCAACAUCCUGGACAUCAACGACAACGCGCCAACCUUCAACAGCAGCACCUUCGGCACCUCAGUCAUGGAAAACAUCUCUCCAGGCUCUAGCAUUGUCACUGUGAGAGCCAGCGACGCGGAUGACGGCCCCAAUGCUGAGAUGGCCUACAGCAUUGCAUCUGGAGACUCCCUGGGCCAGUUCAUGAUCAGCAGUGACGGAGUUCUGAAGACUAAGCAGGUCUUGGACAGGGAAAUCCAGUCCUUCUACAACCUGGUGGUCAAAGUGCACGACCUGGCGGCCCCCCCUGCGAUACGGUUCACCAGCACGGCCCAAGUGUCCAUCAUUCUGCUGGAUGUUAACGACUGCCCGCCCACCUUCGUCUCGCAGAAGAUGACCUACAUCCAGGAGAACACUCCCGUGGACACGGUCGUCUUCACGGCCCAGGCCACCGACUCCGACAGCGGGCCCAACAGCUACGUGGAAUACUCACUGCUCAGUCCCUUUGGGAGCAAGUUCGGCAUUGGGACAGUGGACGGGAAUGUUCGACUCGUCGGGGAGCUUGACAGGGAGGAGCUGUCCAACUACACGCUGACCAUUGUGGCGACAGAUAAAGGGGAACCUCCUCUGUCAGCCACGAUGGACGUCACCGUCAUCGUCCUGGAUGUUAACGAUAACACCCCGAGCUUCUCCCAGAACAUCUAUGACAUUGAGAUCGAGGAGAAUACCCUGACCGGCACUGAUGUGCUCCAGGUGACUGCCACGGAUGCGGACGAGGGCACGAACGGUCAGAUCCGCUUCUCCAUCAGCGGCGGGAACGCGAACGGCGACUUCCGCGUCGACUCGGUCACGGGGAUGAUCUCGGUGGUCAAACAGCUGGACCGGGAGAAGAAGGCCUCCUAUUCGCUGGUGGUGCAGGCAUCUGACCGGGGCAGCAGCCAGCGGACGGACCGCGCCACGGUCAACAUCCUGCUCCUGGACGUCAACGACUGCACUCCCGUCUUCGAGCUCUCACCCUACGCUGUGACGGUGAAGGAGAACCUCCGCAGACUUCCCAACACCGUGCUGCAGGUGAUCGCAAGAGACGACGACCACGCCGCUAAUGGGCAGCUGAGCUACACUCUGAGCGGCGGCAACGAGGAUGGGGCCUUCGUUCUGUCCGCUGGUGGGCAGCUCAGUGUCGUUAAGAGCCUGGACCGCGAGGCCCAAGAGAAACACACCCUGAUCAUCACAGCCACCGAUUCAGGUUCUCCGGCGCUAAGUGGCACCGGCACGGUCGUCGUCCAGGUGGAUGACGAUAACGACAACGUGCCCCUGUUUGCGGCCACCUCCUUCCACGCCUCAGUGCCCGAAGACGCACCCACUGGCACCGACGUCCUGCUGGUCAACGGCUCCGACGCAGAUGCCGGCCUCAAUGGCGUGAUCAGUUACAGUCUCACAGGUGGAGAUGGGCAGUUUUCCAUCAACCCCGCUACAGGGCAGAUCAUCACCAGCUCUCUCCUGGACCGGGAGACCAGGGCUAGCUACGAGCUGCUAGUGGUGGCAUCCGACGGCGGGCAGCCACUGGGCCUGACUAGCUCUGCCACGGUGUCGGUGUUGGUGUUGGACGUCAAUGACAACCCUCCCCGCUUCCACCACCACCCCUACGUUACCCACGUCCCAGCCUCCACCUCAGCAGGAUCCCUGGUCUUUGCAGUGACGGUGACGGAUGAGGAUGCCGGACACAACGCUCAGCUUCACUACUCUUUAACUGGCAGGAAUUCAGAGAAGUUCAAGAUCGACUCCGUGAGGGGGGCCAUCACAGCCAACGAGAAGCUAACAGGCAGCUCGGAAGUGACCCUCACUGUCCGAGUGAAGGACGGCGGAGCCACCCCCAAGGCCGACACCACGACAGUGACUGUCAGAUUUGUGACCGGGGCGGACUUCCCGAUCAUCAUGAUGGAGCAGACUAGCUUCACCUUCCCUGAAAGUCAAGCAACGGACACUCUGCUUACCACAGUUUCCGGCUCCUCUCCCAGAGGAGGAGCGUUAUCAUUCUACAUCGCCAGUGGAAACCUAGAUGGUGCAUUUCACGUGGACCAGCAAACAGGAGAGCUUUCCAUCAGGAAGGGUCUCGAUUAUGAAAAUAUACAGAAGUAUGUGCUUUGGAUUGAAGCCAGAGACCAAGGCUUUCCUCCCUAUUCGUCCUACAAAAAUGUGGAAAUAAAUGUACUAGAUGUCAACGACAACCAUCCUGCUUUCGGACGGGAACCAUUCCAGGCCGAGAUCUUAGAAAACCUCCCUCCGCAGAGGGUGCUCGUGGUGUCGGCCAUCGAUCGGGACAGUGGUCCCAAUGGACAGCUGGAGUACACCAUCAUCGACGGGAACAAGGACAAUAGCUUCAGCAUUAACCGGGCAACCGGCGAGAUUCGAACCACGAGGCUCCUUGACAGAGAGAAAGUCGCACAGUACGAACUUAGAAUCAAAGCAACAGACCGUGGCAUUCCACCAAAAAGCACAUCUGUGAGAGUUCAGAUUGGUGUCCUGGAUGUGAAUGACAAUGCCCCCAGAUUUUCCCAGAUUUUCAGCACCAUGGUGUCUGAGAAUGCCCCCAUUGGCUUUACCGUGACCCAGGUCACGACCUCUGAUGAGGAUACUGGCGUUAAUGCCAUAAGUCACUAUUCCAUCACGGACACGAGUCUUCCCUUCGUAAUAAAUCCCGACACGGGUGAUAUAACGAUCAGCAGACCCCUGAACAGAGAAGACACAGACCGCUACAUUGUCAGGGUCUCUGCCCAUGAUUUGGGCUGGACUGUUAGCACAGACGUGACGAUAUUUGUAACAGAUGUGAAUGACAAUGCUCCCCGCUUCAGUCGGCCGUCUUACUAUCUUGACUACCCUGAGCUCACUGAGGUCGGGUCUGUUGUCACUCGUGUCUCAGCGACAGACCCAGAUGAGGGCUUCAACGGGCAGAUAUUUUACUUCAUAAGGUCACAGUCAGAAUUCUUCCGAAUCAACUCUACCUCAGGUGAGAUCUUUAUCAAGCAGCAGUUAAGGUAUCAGAACUCCAGUGGACACAGUAAUGUCAACAUCAACCGUCACAGUUUCAUCGUCACUGCAUCAGACAGAGGGACUAAACCCCUCAUGAGCGAAACCACUGUCAUCGUAAACGUAGUGGAUAGCAACGAUAAUCCACCACAAUUCGAAUCAUCUAGCUAUUUCACCCCUGUCACAAAAAGUGUCAAAGUGGGCACGAAGCUUAUUAGGCUUGUGGCUGUCGACAAGAAAGAUUUUGGGCUAAACUCCGAAGUUGAGUAUUUAAUAUCGGGUGGGAACAGCUCAAGUAGGUUUCGUCUGGAUAAACAUACAGGCUGGUUGACUGUGGCCACCUCUCUUACCCCGGAAAUGAAUAGAGUUUUCAUAAUUGAAGUUAUGGCUAAAGACAAAGGGAAUCCUCCGCUGUCGUCAAAAACCACAGUGCGGGUUGCGGUGACAGAGGAGAACCACCACACACCGGAAUUCUCGCAGAACCACAUCACUGCCACGGUACCAGAGAGCCUAAGUAUAGGCACAGCCAUUAGAACGCUUUCAGCAAGGGAUAAGGACAAGGAGAUGAAUGGGUUCAUUACCUAUAACAUUACCUCAGGUAAUGAGGCAGGCCUCUUUGCUCUCAACAGUAAGACAGGGGUUUUGACCCUGGCACAGUCAUUAGACUACGAAGAAAAACAAACUCAUGAACUCAGAGUAACAGGCACGGAUGGAGGCUGGAUUGCCAAGACUGGUUACAUCACCGUCACAAUCCACGUAACCGACAUAAACGAUAACCCUCCCAUUUUCAAGCCGGAUGAGUACUUUCCAACCGUACAAGAGAACGUCCCCAGUGGCACCGUUGUGGUGCGGAUGAAUGCAACAGACAGAGACUCAGGGCCAAAUGCCGUCAUAGCGUACGUGAUCCAGUCCUCGGACAGCGACCUAUUUGGCAUCAAUCCCAACACAGGCAUCAUUACCACACAGGGCUUUCUGGAUUACGAGGCCAAGCAGACUUACCACCUAACAGUCAAGGCCUUUAAUGUCCCGGAUGAGGAUCGCUGCAGUUUUGCCAAUGUCAACAUUCAGCUGGUCGGGGCCAACGAAUACGUGCCUCGAUUCGUCUCCAAGCAAUACUACUUUGAGGUCUCCGAGGCUGCCCCCAAGGGCACAGUUGUGGGUGAGGUAUUUGCAAGUGACCGUGACCUUGGGGUGGAUGGCGAGGUCCACUAUCUCAUUUUUGGGAGAAGCAGAAGGAAGGGCUUUGGCAUUAACAAGAAGACAGGACAGGUAUACGUCACGGGCCCUCUGGACCGUGAGAAAGAGGACAAGAUCUCCCUAAGGGUGUUAGCAAAGAACGCUGGGAGCAUCAGAGGAGCAGAUAUUGAUGAGGUCUUUGUGAACAUUACUAUUCUGGAUGCCAACGACCCUCCUGUCUUUUCAUUGGAGCUGUAUGACGUUCAGGUGAGCGAGGGGCUUUCGCCUGGCAGUCUGGUUACUUUUGUCAGCGCCGAAGAUUCGGACUCUGUCCCCAGCUGGAGCAGGUUCUCUUAUUCCAUAGCCACCGAUAAUGAAAACAAUGCCUUUACAAUUAAUCCUCAGACGGGUCAGGUUUCAGUGGCUGCUGAGCUAGACAGGGAGUCCACACCUGUUUACAAUCUGACCCUGCUGGCAAUUGAUACGGGGUCACCAUCUGCCACUGGAAGUGCCACCCUGAUCGUGACCUUAGAAGACAUCAAUGACAACGGUCCCACCCUGGUGACAACCAGAGGGCAGGUGAUGGAAAACCAGCGUGCAGGAACACCCGUCAUGACCUUGAGCUCCAUUGACCCUGAUCUGCCCCCCAACCAGGGCCCCUUCACAUACAGCUUGCUCAGCAGCAGCUCAGCCACCAGCUACUUUAGUCUCAGUUCUUCUGGAGUACUGACAACCAGUAGGGAAAUCGACAGGGAGCAGAUAAGUGACUUCUACCUUAAUGUGGUGAUACGAGACUCAGGUGUUCCCCAGAUGUCCUCAACGGGAACACUCCACAUUCAGAUCAAUGACCAAAAUGAUAAUCCCUCUGAGCCCCGAAUGGUGGAGAUCUACGUCCAUUACUUUGGUAACCUGUUCCCCGGUGGGCCCCUAGGCAGUGUGAGACCGCAGGACCCAGAUGUGCAGGACACAUUCCGCUGCUCCCUCACCUCCACCGUGCCGAGCCUCUUCAGCAUCACUCCAGGAACUUGUGAUCUCAACUCCCAUGCCCGUUCCACCGACGGUACGUUUGACUUUUCCGUGCGCAGCAACGAUGGGGUCCACGGUGCUGUUGACAGCAAAAUCCGAAUUUUCUUCACGGGCUUCACCAAUGCCACAAUCGACAACAGCAUCCUGAUCCGCCUCCACGUCCAGGGAGUGAGGGACUUCCUUACCAAUCACUACCUGAGCUUCCUUCGAAUCGCUAACUCACAGCUGGCUGGACUUGGCACCGGCGUUCAGCUCUAUGGGGCCUUUGAGCUGAACAACCAAACCUUUCUAAUGGCCGCCGUGAGACGGGGCUACGGGCAGUAUGUGAAUCCCAGUGGGGUCGCCACUUUCUUUGAGAGCAUCAAGGACAUUCUCCAUCGGCAGAGCGGUGCACGGAUUGACGUGGUGGAUGAUGAACCCUGUACCCAGAAUCCUUGUCAGAACGGGGGUAACUGCAGAAGACGUCUCGGCGUGGGGCCUGAGGUGAAGACCGAGGAAAGCAUGCCUGUCAUCCUGGUGUCAAACCGGCCUCUGCAGCCGUAUGCCUGUAGCUGCCUGCCGGGUUACACGGGAGCUCUGUGUGAGGCAGACAUCAAUGAGUGUCUACCGGCUCCCUGUCACAACGGCGGCACCUGCCACAACCUGGUGGGUGGCUUCUCCUGCACCUGUCCAGAGGGCUUCACCGGGAUGGCCUGCGAACGGGAUGUCAACGAGUGCCUGUCCAACCCCUGCAAGAAUGGGGCGCUCUGCCAGAACUUCCCCGGGGGGUUCAACUGUCUCUGCAAGUCUGGAUUCACAGGCAAAACGUGUGAGUCUGCCAUCAAUUACUGUGAGUGUAACCCUUGUUUUAAUGGUGGCUCCUGUCAGAACGGCCUCGACGGAUAUUACUGUCAUUGCCCGUUUGGUGUCUUUGGAAAACACUGUGAACUGAACAGCUAUGGAUUUGAGGAGCUGUCAUAUAUGGAGUUUCCCAGUUUGGAUCCCAAUAAUAACUACAUCUACAUUAAGUUUGCCACCAUAAAGAGCAAUGCCCUUCUCCUUUACAACCAUGACAACCAGACUGGAGAGAAAGCAGAGUUUCUGGCUCUUGAAAUUCUUGAAGGACAGAUGCAGUUCUCCUUUAACUUGGGAAGUGGGACCUAUAAACUAAGGACCACAAAAAGUGUUGCAGAUGGACAGUUCCAUACAGUCAUCGCAAGAAGAGCUGGAAUGGCAGCGUCCCUGACUGUGGACCUCUGUGGCGAGAACCAGGAGCCCGGGUACUGCGCCGUCAGCAACGUUGCCGUCCACACGGACUGGAUCUUGGACGUGCAGCCGAAUCGCCUCUCAGUGGGCGGAGUCCGGUCUAUCGAGCCCAUCCUUCAGCGCCCGGGUCAGGUCGCCACCCACGACUUUGUUGGCUGCAUCAUGGAGUUCGCCGUCAACGGGCGGCCCCUGGAACCCAGCCAGGCCCUGGUGUCUCAUGGGAUCUUGGACAGAUGUCCCAGGCUGGAAGGAGCCUGCACUGCCAGUCCCUGCCGACACGGAGGCACUUGCGUGGACCACUGGUCCUGGCAGCAGUGUCGCUGCACAGAGGGAUUCGGCGGGAAACUCUGUGAGAAAUACAUGACGGCGGACACAGCGCUGUCCCUGGAUGGGAGCGGCCGCCUGGACUACACCAUGAGCCAGAGCCACAAACGUGACCUGCUGCUGGGCCGCCGGCCUCAGGGACCGGCGCGCGACCCCGCCGCCCCGAGCAGCCUGGAAGUCCGCUUCCGCACCCGCAGCAGGAGCGGCACGCUGUUCCACAUCCAGGAGAGCAGCAACUACACCACAGUGAAGCUGAAGAACGGAAAUCUGCACUACAUCUCUGAUGCUGGCGUGGGGGGGAAGGUGGAGAGGACCCUGGGGGACCUGCCAGUCGCCGACGGCCAGUGGCACACGUUCCUCCUCCAGAAGAAUGGGACGGCCACCUCCCUGCGGGCCGACGACUCACAGCCGAAGGAGAUCCUCCAUCACACGCAGGAUUUUGGGAGCAUGGAUGUCCUGACGCUCUCACUGGGAGGGGUACCUCCUGGGCACACCCAUCAGAAGUCGACUACUGGUUUUGAUGGUUGCUUGGCCUACAUCAAAUACAAUGGGGAGUACCUACCCUUCAGCGGCGAGCACCACGCCGUCACCAUCUCCAAGAGCCACCCGUCGGUCAAGAUCGGGUGCAGGGGGCCCAACGUGUGUGCCAGCAACCCCUGCUGGGAAGGCCUGCUGUGCGUCAACCAGUGGUAUGACUACCAGUGCAUGCCCCCAGGCGACUGCUCCUCAAGCCCCUGCCAGAACGGGGGCAGCUGCGAGCCGGGCCCCCGCUCCGGAUUCACCUGCACCUGCACCGAGCCCUAUACCGGCAAAACUUGCGAGACCCUGGUGGCCUGCCUAGAGGUGCGCUGUCCCCAGGGAUCCACCUGCAGAAUGACCAGCAAUGGGGGCUCUGUGUGCAGCCCUGUACCCGCAGAGGGCCUCACCCUGCCCAUUUGGGCCGUCCCGGCCAUUGUGGGCAGCUGCGCCACAGCACUGGCUCUGGUGGUGCUUAGCCUCAUCCUCUGCAACCACUGCAAGGGCCGCAAGACAAAAGUGCCGAAGGAGGAGAAGAAGCCCAAAGAGAAGAAGAAGAAGGGCAGUGAGAACGUGGCCUUCGACGAUCCCGACAACAUCCCACCGUACGGGGACGACAUGGCAGUGCGCAAGCAGCCGGAGGGGAACCCCAAGCCUGACAUCAUCGAGAGGGAGAACCCAUACCUGAUCUAUGAUGAGACAGACCUCCCGCACAGCAGCGAGACAGUGCCCAGCGCCCCCUGUGCCCCCUGCGUCGGCCCCGAGGCAGAUAUCGAGCACUACGAUAUCGAUAAUGCCAGCAGUAUUGCACCAUCCGACGCGGACAUUAUCCAGCACUACAAGCAAUUCCGAAGCCACACGCCCAAGUUCUCCAUCCAGCGGCACAGCCCACUGGGGUUUGCCAGGCAAUCUCCUCUGCCCUUGGGGGCCAGCAGCUACACCUAUCAACCCAGCUAUGCCCAGGCGCUGCGCUCUACCCCUCUGAGCCACUCCACUUGCCCCACACCCAACCCGCUCUCCCGCCAUAGCCCGGCCCCCUUCACCAAGCCAUCGUCCUUCUAUCGCAACAGCCCUGCCCGGGAGUUGAGCCUCGCCCGGAGGGAAGGCAGCCCCCUGGAUCUGCACACCGAAGCAUGCCAACCCGGCAUGUUCAACUAUGCCACCCGCUUGGGCCGUAGGAGCAAAAGUCCCCAGACAAUGGCAGGUCACGGCUCUCGGCCAGGUAGCCGCCUCAAGCAGCCCAUCGAGCAGAUCCCCCUGGAGACAGGACCUCCAGUCGGGCUCUCCAUCGAGGAGGUUGAGCGACUCAACACUCCCCGGCCUCGCAACCCAAGCAUCUGCAGCGCCGAUCAUGGUCGUUCCUCAUCCGAGGAGGACUGUCGGAGGCCCCUAUCACGGGUGCGGAACCCCGCCGACGGCAUCCCCGCCCCGGAGUCGUCCUCCGAGAGUGACUCGCACGACUCCUUUACGUGCUCCGAGAUGGAGUACGACCGGGAGAAGCCGGUGGCCUAUGGCUCCCGCAUGCCCAAGCUCUCCCAGGUCAACGAGUCGGACGCAGAUGACGAGGAAUAUGGCGGCCGGCUCAAGCAACGGCGGUACUCCAGCCGCCGUGCCGAGGGGGGUCCCAGCAGCCCUCACAUGCCCCUGACUGACCAUUACACCUUGUCACAUAAACUGGGCCAAUCAACCGGAGCCUUCAACUGGGACAAUCUGUUGAACUGGGGUCCCGGUUUCGGUCACUAUGUCGACGUUUUUAAGGAUCUGGCGUCGCUUCCGGAAAAUGGCGCUGAGAAAGACAUUGAAAUGAACAGCGGCGACGGCUCAGUUACCAUUCUGAACGAAGGAGAGGCUGAGCAGUACGUCUGAGACUGUAUUUAUAUUAACUGACCGUUUUGUACUGUUUUAUUAAAACAAGAUAUAAAUAAUGAGCAAGGGACUUUGGAUAUGCAGUACAUAUUCCCUAUUCCUCUCGGGUCUGACGAUCUUAAAUGCAGUAAGGCAGAGGUUAAAUCUGAACUUGCCAGGUGCUUGGAUGUUGGAAACACUUGACUUGACGCACAAUGAACGCAGCAUACAUAAAACCGCUAGCAAAAAACAGAGACACGGCAUCUUGGCUUGGGAGCUGAAUUAAUGAAUACAUUUGAGUUUGAGUCUAUCAAAUUCCACUCUUUAACAGUAACAAUCACAUUUUUAAGUUUAGACAAGAUUUUUGACAUAUUUCUGCUCACAUCGAUGCUGUAUUUUCAAGAGGAGGGCGGGAAUUUCGGCCACACCUGAAACUCUGCAUCCAGGUGAUGCCAUGAAAACAAUCACUCCUAUUGGCCGGCACUGUGACCCAGUCCCUCCCAAAGCUGUGCAGCGUGUUUCCACUCAGAGGGCCGGCCAAGAGGUCAGAUUAACUAACUGCUGCCUUACGGACAUUUGAGUAUUUGCUUGAAAGUGAGAAACCGCUUGACUAUUUCCCACCCUCCCCCCUCGUCAUUCACUUUGAGUAGAGCACUUGGCACACAUUUUCGCCACUGUCAGGCGGUUGGCGUUUCUUGUCGACCAGCUAAAAAGGGAAGCCAGAGGCUCGUUUGUCAAGAACUCCGACGCGCCGUCCAACUCCUCAGAGACUAUGAAGUAAUGUACAGUUCCACUUAAGUGAACGUCCUGAAGGAACGUGUUUUUGUGUUUUUGCUUUUGGGAUUUCAGAAAGUGUACGGUUUAUACAUUUGUACUGUUGAAUAAAUUAAAACGACUUAAGCUGUGUUUUUAUGGAUAUUUUCAUAUGCUGAAAAUAAUGUUCUUACUUUCAGGGAAAGUAAGAUGAAUUACUUAUUUUUACAUUUGUUACUUAUGUAACGCCAGUAUUUUCCACUUUUGAUAACUGUAACAUACUGUAUGCUUUAUACAUGUAAAAGCCAAUAACAGAAUAAAAAAAUAUUUAUUUUAAA